AUGAUUAAUCACGCUGGCAUCUUAAAAUCUGUAGCCACACCGGCUCUAUCACGUCUCGCAGUCGAUGUUGCGGCUUUUAAAUCGAACCACCAUGCAAUCAAUCUCGGAAAUCUUUUACUUCGGAUUGUGUAUAAAGCAAAACAGCAAAAGAAAAAAAAACCCAAACGGAUGACGUCAGAAGCAAGAAUUUCGUACAUUACACGACUAAUUUGGAAAAAAGGUGUUUAA